UUAUUGGCCCAAAGUGCAGUCGGUCAGCAGCCGGCCCGCCCCCUCAAAACCUUACAUUUACAGUGUAGCAAAAGAGAAAGUAACUAUGUUGCUGCUGGAGAUCAAUGAAGCCAAGUGAAUGGGGGUUGAAUGCGCGAAUCCAUAGCUGAAGCAGAGCGCCAGAUGGGAAAGGGCUAUACUAUCUAUGAAACUGUCUUGAGUUCUUCUUGAAUUGCCGGUUUUCAGCCUCCUCAUGCCUCCGUCUCCUUUAGACCACAGGGUAGUAGUGGCAUUGUCUAGGCCUGUCCGACCUCAGGAUCUCAGCCUCUGUUUAGACUCUAGCUACCUUGGUCCUGCUGCCCCAGGCAGUAACAGCACUCCUCCGGUCAUUGCCACCACUGUUGUGUCCCUUAAGACUGCGAAUCUGACGUAUAUGCCCUCAUCCAGCGGCUCUGCCCGCUCCCUGAAUUGUGGGUGCAGCAGUGCCAGCUGCUGCAGUGUGGCAACCUACGACAAGGACAAUCAGGCCCAAACCCAAGCCAUAGCCACUGGCACUGCCUCCACUGCCAUCGGGACCUCCACCACCUGCCCUGCCCACCAGAUGGUCAACAACUCUGAGAAUGCAGGCUCUUUAAGUCCAUCAGCUGGAGUGGGUAGCCCUGUGUCAGGGACCCCCAAGCAGCUAGCUAGCAUCAAAAUAAUCUACCCCAAUGACUUGGCGAAGAAGAUGACCAAAUGCAGCAAGAGUCACCUCCCAAGCCAGGGCCCUGUCAUCAUCGACUGCAGGCCCUUCAUGGAAUACAACAAGAGUCAUAUCCAAGGAGCUGUCCACAUUAACUGCGCCGACAAGAUCAGCCGGCGGAGACUGCAGCAGGGCAAGAUCACGGUCCUAGACUUGAUUUCCUGUAGGGAAGGCAAGGACUCUUUCAAGAGGAUCUUUUCCAAAGAAAUUAUAGUUUAUGAUGAGAAUACCAAUGAGCCCAGCCGAGUGAUGCCCUCCCAGCCACUUCACAUAGUCCUCGAGUCCCUGAAGAGAGAAGGCAAGGAACCUCUGGUGUUGAAAGGUGGACUUAGCAGUUUUAAACAGAACCAUGAAAACCUCUGUGACAACUCCCUACAGCUGCAGGAGUGCAGGGAGGUGGGGGGCGCAUCUGCAGCCUCAAGCCUGCUACCUCAGUCCAUCCCCACCACACCUGACAUCGAGAAUGCAGAGCUCACCCCCAUUUUGCCCUUCCUGUUCCUCGGCAAUGAGCAGGAUGCUCAGGACCUGGACACCAUGCAGCGAUUGAACAUCAGCUACAUCAUCAACGUCACCACUCACCUGCCCCUCUACCACUAUGAGAAAGGCCUGUUCAGCUACAAGCGGCUGCCCGCCACUGACAGCAACAAGCAGAACUUGCGGCAGUACUUUGAAGAGGCCUUUGAGUUCAUCGAGGAAGCUCACCAGUGUGGGAAGGGGCUUCUCAUCCACUGUCAGGCUGGGGUGUCCCGCUCAGCCACCAUUGUCAUCGCCUACUUAAUGAAGCACACGAGAAUGACCAUGACUGAUGCUUAUAAAUUUGUCAAAGGCAAGCGACCAAUUAUUUCCCCAAACCUUAACUUCAUGGGGCAGUUGCUGGAGUUUGAGGAAGACCUAAAUAAUGGGGUAACCCCACGAAUCCUUACACCAAAGCUCAUGGGCGUGGAGACUGUUGUCUGAUGCCUCGGAUGGAAAGGAUCACCGUUCUCCUUAGGAGACAAGGAAGAAGGAGGAUGGAUUCUUUUCUUUUCUUUUUUAUUUUAGAUGGACAAAGUUUAUGAAUGGAAACAAAUUUGUUCAAAAACUUUAUUUUUAACAUGUGUGUGAAGAAUUUAACUUUUGAUGCCAUUGAGAUCUACUUCCCAUGAACUGAUAAAGCAGGGAGGCUAAAGAAGUAAUUUUUUUUAAGCCAACAAUAAAAAAUAUAAUAAAACUUGUUUCUUUCCCAUUUUCCUUUUAAGCUAUUUGUAGAGUUUAUGAUUGAAUAGUCUGUGCAGGUUCAUAGACCGAAGAUACUACACCUUAAACCCCUUCCCUUCAAAAGAACCAGAAGUAAGUAGGAAUGAUGUCAGAUCUUGAAGCGGUGGGGGCUGCCUCAACAUCUACAUAGAACACAGAAACCUAAUGCCAGCCAGCCUGUGUGUUCACUGGGGCAAGGAGAAGAUCAGGGCAGAUUAAGUGGUCUAAGAACCCUUCACAUACUCUAAGGAGACAAAGGGAACUGUUGAUUUUGUGUGUUCAUUCUCUGAAUGACUCCCCUCCCCUCUGGGUUUAAGAGAUUUUUUGAAGUAGCACGGAACUGACCAUCCUACCUUCUGCCUUCACUGGCUUCUUGUGCAAUAAUAUGCUGUAUUGAGUGUGCAAACAAGUUAGAGCUGGCAGCUUAAUAAUAGACAAAUAGAAGGCCAGCUUGGAGGGAGAAAGGAAUUAAACAAAACCAAUUACUUUCCUUCCCACCUUUUUCCUUUCCUUUAUUUUAUUUUAUUUUUUUUUGGGAGGGGGGAUUUGAUUCUGGUUACAAUGCCAUAAACCUUGUUACAUAUGUAUAUCAGACUGUAAAAAAAAAUGACAAAAAUUUAUUUAAAAAUAUUUUUCGCAAAAAAAUCUUGGUGUGUUUCUGUUGAUUGUGUAAAAAUUUAUUUUCAUUAUAUAAAUGAAACU